AUGUACCAUGAUAGCGGCACACGGGAGAAGUCCAUAUCCACUGGAGUCUAUAGGAUCUACAAUCCACGCCCCCACAAGCUGCAGCCACAAAGUACAAGCAUGGUUGGCGUCAUCUCUGGCUACAUACUGCCGGCGGAGAGCCUGCACUGGUUCUGCCAGUGCCGGGUCGGUCCCUUUGUGCCCGAGGAAAUUCCGGAGGUCGAGGGGCCUCGCGAAUUCAAUGCAUUCGUGAACGACAUACUGUGCAUGAUCGACUGGAUUCGGGGUCUGGAGAGGAGCAAGCUCGUGCCUCCUGUGAGCUGGCUUCUCCCGGACCGGGGCGAAACUGCCGUCAUCGUCACGGGAUACGAGGAUCAGACGAAGGGGGUCUCCCGGAUCCCGGAAGACGACAGGCAGGUUCGCGCGCGCGACCGGUUUGUGAAACACGCGAAUCUGGCGGCCGGGGAAAACGUCUUUGUGAGCGACAACUUGCAAUAUUUUUGCACCGCGGAAGAGAACCUGGAGCUUCCCCUCGCACUGUGCUUCGAUCCGCCGCCGCAGAAAGGCAAGGAGAAGGCCGCUGAACCGUACUGCUCUGAUUCCGCCAGCGGGACCACAUGCAGCAGGCGGAUGUGUGUUGUCACUUUCAGCUAA